CGCGCGUGCCUUUGUUCGCGCCCCCCCCCUUCCCCGUUCCGCGCUCCCCGCCGAGCGCGGCCCGUGAGGCCGCCGCGCCCCCCCUUCCCCCCUUCCCCGUCUCCCCUGCUCGGCCUGGCGUCCCCCGCCGCCGCCCCCUCCUCCUCCCCGGUGAGUUUGUGUCGGUCUCUCCCGUAGGACAUGGCCGAGGUUCCGCCGGGGCCUAGCAGCGUCCUGUCCCCGCAGGGGGACACGCUCUCCCCCUUCCCCGCGGGAGGAGGAGGAGGGGGGGCCGCUUCCUCCUCCUCCUCCGCUGCCGCCGCCGCCUCCUAUGCUGCCGCCGCCGCCGCCUGCACCGGCGCCCAGGACGAGGAGGCCGAAGAGGAGGAGGAGGAGGAGGAAGAGGAGGGACCCGCGGGCGGCCGGGAGCGGGAGCAGCAGCGAGGAGGAGGAGGAGGAAGCGGCGACAAGGGGGCCCCGCAGCACCGGCACCACCACCGCCACCACCACCCCCCGCACCACAACCACCAGCUCAACGGCCUCAUCAGCCCCGAGCUGCGGCACCUGCGGGCCUCCCUCAAGGGCAAGAUCCUGGGCGCGGAGGCCGCGGCGGCCCCCGAGGGGCUGGAGAACAAGCGAGCCAGCAAAACAAUGGGCUCGGGACAGCAGCAGCAGCCGCCCCCCGCCGCCGCCCCCGCCGCGGCGCCCUGCUCGGCCCCCCACGCCAACCACCUCCCUCCCCAGGGAAGGACUGCACCCUCUCCUCCUCCUGCUGCUUCCCCCCCUGGAAAAGGGGACAGGAGCCAGCCUGCUGCCACCACCGCGACCGCUGCUGCUGUUUCACCUGUCUUCGGGAGAGCAGAUUUGCACUUUGUGUUAGCAUGUAUGUUUGUCUUUAAGGCCAUGGUAGGGGAGGAGUGUGUAGGUGCCAUCGUCUGCAAGCUGGAUAUGCACAAAAAGAUGUUCCGCAGAGGUUAUAUAGCCAUGUUAGCAGUGGAUUCCAAAUACAGAAGAAAAGGAAUUGGUACAAACUUGGUUAAGAAAGCUAUUUAUGCUAUGGUCGAAGGAGAUUGUGACGAGGUUGUAUUGGAAACAGAAAUCACAAAUAAGUCUGCUUUGAAACUUUAUGAAAACCUUGGUUUUGUGCGAGACAAGAGGCUGUUCAGAUACUAUUUAAACGGAGUUGAUGCACUGCGUCUGAAACUAUGGCUGCGUUAGGAGAGCCCAUCCCACGGGAGCGACCGCCGGCCCCGGCAGCGCAGAGUCGGCCUUUGCAUGCCAAGCAAUUUGUUCCCAAAAUUGCUUUGCAGGUGGACUUAGUGAUUCCCAUGCAGCUCUUAAAAAAAAAAAAACAAAAACCUGUCAGUGUCCCAUUGAGUGUCGCACAUUUUCGUUGCACUUUGGCAUGGCGCGUUUGUUCCGAAUUAAAGCCGGUUCUUUCCGACUCCCGAGUCCUUUUGGUACCAGCCAGAGAUGUGCCAGUUGAUAGCCAAGAUAACGUUCAUUCAUUUGCAAUUACUGACUGUCUUGACAUACACAGAACCUGUAUGGGAAAGCCACUUUUGGUUCCAGAAAAUUCAAAACAAAAAAAAGAAAAAAAACCCACGAACUACACACACACACACACACACAUGAAAAAAAAAAGCCAACGUAGAUUGUAAAAUUCUAUAAGUAUACUAACAUUUCAUACUGAAAUUGCCAUAGUUUUCUGGGGAAGAAGAAGAAGAAAAAAAAAAGUCUUCAAUUUUAGGUUUUAUUUUUCAAUAUUGAAUUUUUUCCAUUCUUAAGUAUUGGUACCUCAGUGAUUAGUGAAUGAAAAAAUGUAUUGUAGGGUGGGGUGUGUGUUACAACGACUAACAGUAACCAUUAAAUUGCGUCUGCCAGUGCCUGUAUAGAUAAGUAUAUCUGUCUUCACCUCUAAGUUUGGAGUGCAUGCUUUUAUUCUUUUGCUUUCUUCAAUUGUCUUUGCAAGGAAAAAAAAAAACAAAUUCUGCUUUUAUUUAAAUUCUGGAUUUGAUAAUAAAUUAUUUCAGAUUUUUAUGAUUUGGAUACUUCUCCCAAAUGAGGGUUUGGAAGGCCCUUCUUCUAGCAAGAAGUGUGAGCUAUUUUGAAAACCUUGAGUAGCUGCUAAAAGAGAACCUGAUGGCACCAGUGAGUCUCUGCUGGGUUUGGAUGCACUUUUUUCAUUAAAAGAGUGAGGGACUUAUAAAAGAAGAUAUAGAAAAUUAAUGUAAAUUGGUAUGAUUUUUAUUUAAUCAAAAUUAUUGCUAGAAGCUCUGAAAAACAGCUAUUUUAAGAUAGUCGGAACAAUUUUUUUUUUUUUUUUUUCAGAUUCAGAUUGCUUUGCUUCAGUGUUCUAAAAUGCUUCAAUCUUUGGUUCUUGGUCUUGGAAAUAAAUUUCAAGGUGUAUCGUAUGCAUUUUUAGCUGCUCUCAUUUUCUCUAAACUUACAUGAGCUAAAUUAUUGGGGGAUUUUUUCCCCCUCCAAAAUCAAAGCAGUGGGGAAGGAAUUCUGUCUCCCUUUCUCUCUUUCUCCCAUUGGCUCUUGCUCUGUUUUUUCUCUAUAUUUCCUCCCCCCCCUCUUUAAUUGGGCCUACAGAAGUUUUAUAACACCCAUCAGUUGUUUUCAGUAAUUAGGUGUCGAGGCUUUCUUGUUCCAUGUGAUUCCACAGCCCAGCUCUAUGAAUCAGUUGGGUCAGGUUGUUUUUUUGGUUUUUUUUUUUCCCAAGGUAUUAGUUGACUUACAGAAACACCUCUGUAAUCACAGAUAUCACAAGAUAUUCUGAGUUGGAAGGGACCCACAAGGAUCAUGGAUUCCAACUCUUAAGGGAAUGGCCCGUACAGGGAUGGAAAGGAUGAACUCUCAGUGAAUCCUCUGGAGUCGAGUGAACUCUUCAGCUUUGCCUUACUACACUUUUUUUGUUUUUACCUUUAGGGUUUGGUUUGAGUCAUGGGGUUGUUUUCUUUUUUUCUUUUUUUUUUUUUCCUUUUUGCUAAUUACUGUACACUUAAAAAACAAAACCAACAAAACCCCUACCUCCAGUAACAUUUGGAAAAAGAGCCCUGUGCAGGAAAAACUGGAUUUAAAGCAAAGCCGCCUUUUGCACAGACCAAUCGCACAUGGUGAUGGACGUUUCUUACCAUGUACAAAUCAUGAGUUGUAUUUGAAAAUAAAGAUUUUUAAUGGAAA